AUGAGGAGCAUGGCAGCACCAGCGACUGAAAUCAUGCCAAAGAGUCCUCAUUUUGUGGCUAAUGGAAUUUUAAGAAAUAAGAGCUUCGCCCCGCUCCCUAAAACUUUCUGGGAGAACCAACGGCACAAAAAGGCUUUUUGGAACCAGCUCCAGCUGGUCGUUGACCACCAAUUUAACCCCAUCCUGCAACCCCAAAAAGCCAAGAGAUCAAUGAAGAAUAGCAGCUUUGAUGAUUUCCUGCUGAAGAAGAGUUUCUCUGCAGUUCGCAGCUUCGACAACGUGAGGUAUAAUGUUGAGGAAUUACCAGAGCGGGUGCAAGACUUCACCAGGUACAUGCAGAGAAGAGACUACCCGGUUCUCCUCCAGCCAGGUGGAGAAUGUGGAGCUCAGGGAAAAGACGAGCAGGAGCCCCCUCUGCUUCUCUUCGCCAUCAAAACAACACCGGAUAACUUCAACAACCGACAGGCUAUUCGGCAGACCUGGGCCAGGGUGUUCCUGCUGGGCAAGCAAAAUACCAAAGAACCAGGUGUGGAUGUGUCUGAGUUACUCAAGUUGGAGAGUAACUUUUAUGGAGACAUUCUGCAGUGGGACUUUGAGGAUACAUUUUUUAAUCUCACCUUGAAGGAUGUGCUCUUCUGGAGCUGGUUCUCACACUCUUGCAAGCAAACCCACUUUGUCUUCAAAGGAGAUGAUGACAUCUUUGUCAACAUACCAAAACUGAUAACCUAUCUCCAGAUCCAGAUGGAGAAGCCGCAUGUGAAGAAGAACAUGCACAACUUCAUGUUUGGAGACGUCAUAGGAGCAGCCUCACCCAACCGAGUGAACAUCUCAAAGUACUUUAUCCCACACAGCUUCUACAAAGGGUUAUACCCUGCGUAUGCAGGCGGAGGAGGGUUGGUGUACUCGGGUCAGUUGACCAGACGUCUGCACUUAAUUUCUAAAAGAGUUCACUUGUUCCCCAUCGAUGACGUGUACGUAGGGAUGUGCAUGGUUCGGCUCAAUGCCUUCCCCACGCACAACCAUGCCUUCCUCAUGUUUGACUUUCCCAAAGGGAAAGACCCGUGUUCAUACCACACCAUCUUAGUGAUCCACAAGCGAAGCCCCAACCAGGUGGUGAAACUUUGGGCUGACUUGAAACACACACAGCCACAAUGUCGAGAUGUGGCUCUGAGAGUUGAAGAGAAGAAGAAAAACAAAAUAAUCUCCAGCACUUUGUUGCCAACUUAA